CACCCGAAAGCGAUCGACGCAGUCUCGCGAAGCGACGCUGCCCGCGCAAGCAACGCGCCGCCAUGGACUCCUUCCGCGAGAAGGCACGCCACCUGAAGCAGCCCUACUACAUCAUUAAUGCCUGGGCUUCGUUGAGCUGGCUCUGGCUGCGCACCGUCGUGCCCGGCGCGGAGCUUGUAGUAGUGCCCGGCAGCGGUGCUUAUUUGUUUGAAACGAAGGAACGGGAGGUCUACAUGCUCGUUGGUUUGGCUUUGCUCGGUAAGCUACGAAGGGCGAAUUCGCUGCACGAGUGCAUGACGAAGAUCUUCUGGUACGGUAAAUUAGCGGUGGGCAUGUGCUUGUUGCACUGCGAUGUUAUCGUGGUCUUUGCCUUGGCGUGUGCCGUGGGGGCGCUGAUUCAUUUGAUACCGCCGCCUACUUUUUUAGGCUCGGAGAAUGUCGAGGUUUUGGAUGACCGGACCUUCCCGAAGUUCGCCCUGUGCAAAACCGAAACCAUGAAGAUCGUCGAAUUGACCUGCUCGUGGCACGACGGCGCCGACGCCCUCAAGCCUCUUUUUUGCGGCCUCGCGGCCGACUACGCCGGCAGCAAGCGGCUCUUCGGGUCCAUCGACGUGGCGCGCUACCCGGAAAUCGCGAAGAGAUAUGACGUCGACCUGGGCGUGCGGUCGCUGCAGUUGCCGUCGUAUCUGUUAUUUCGGGACGGCGUGCUAUGCAGAAGAUUGCCGUACUUCGACCGGAACGACGCUACAAAAGUCGUGCGCACGCGCUUCACGCGCCAGUCCAUGGAGUCCUUCUUCCUGCUCAACGUCAAGGCGUCCGAGGCCGCGAGGCGCCUCGAAAAAAUCGAGAAGAAUCGCGGGAGCGAGCCGGCGGCGCCGGCGGCCGUGGAGCAGCCGGCGGAGCGGUCCUCCUGGAACCCGUUCCGGCGCCGCCGCUGA